AUUUCUCUCCGAAGGUUUAGGAAUCUCUGUCUCUCUCGGAACGUCAAUGGCGAUAUCUGUCGCAGCGGUCACUGUUCGGCCUCUGAACUCGGACCACUCAACCAGCUUAUCUUCUUCGUCUUCUUCAAAGCUGUCUUACUUGUCUUCUCUGCAAUUCCCUCGGCGGCUUCGGCUCAUUCGAAUCGGAAACAAAGGGUUCUCCUCCUGCUCGCGGCCUCGAAUGCUUCCACUGGUCGAAGCCAAGAAGCAAACAUUUUCCUCCUUUGAUGAUUUGCUGGCACAUUCUGACAAACCUGUAUUGGUUGAUUUCUAUGCAACUUGGUGUGGACCUUGUCAAUUCAUGGUUCCUGUUCUGAAUGAAGUUAGUGCUUCGAUGAAAGAUAAGAUCCAGGUGGUGAAAAUUGAUACUGAGAAAUACCCAAGUAUUGCUGAUAAGUACAAAAUAGAGGCAUUGCCUACUUUCAUCAUAUUUAAGGAUGGAGAACCCUAUGAUCGCUUUGAGGGGGCUUUAAAUGCAAACCAGCUCAUUGAACGCAUUGAGUCUGCAUUACAAGUUAAGCAGUAGGAAACCAAUGAGGUGAUGUAGCAAAUUCAAUUGGAGUGCCUGGCUGCUAGAAGAAUGAACAGCAUGUUCACUUCAUUCUCUGUUGCUUCACGAAAUAGUUGGCAUUGUGCCUUGGAAAUGUGAUAGCACUUGUUCAUGUUCUAACGGGUUAUGUUGAUCCGAGUCCAACAAAUUUCAAAACAGAUUUUUUUAACUGCUGCUCAUUUGCAUAGCCAUUGAAUAUGAUAAAAUUUGAAUGAGAAAGAUAUGAUCCCCAACAUUACCAUUUUGUGUUGAAAGAUGUUUGUUUACGGUA